AAGAGCGCACAUUUUUACGCGUAUCCAAAUAAGAGCAGAGAAGGGGAAGGAGAUCAUCUCAUCUAUGUUCAAGGAGGGAAGAAGCAUGUCACGGCUGUCUCUGACCCGGUCCCCGGUCUCUCCUCUGGCCGCUCAGGGGAUCCCUCUGCCGGCUCAGCUGACCAAGGCAAACGCCCCGGUGCACAUCGAUGUCGGGGGACACAUGUACACCAGCAGCCUGGCGACCCUCACCAAGUACCCAGACUCCAGAAUCAGUCGUCUGUUCAAUGGCACCGAGCCCAUCGUGUUGGACAGCUUGAAGCAGCACUACUUCAUAGAUCGGGACGGCGAGAUAUUCCGCUACAUUCUCAGUUUCCUCAGGACCAGCAAAUUGCUCCUUCCAGAUGACUUCAAGGACUUCCACUUGCUGUACGAGGAGGCGCGCUAUUACCAGCUGACGCCCAUGAUCAAAGAGCUGGAGCGCUGGAAGCAGGAGCGCGAGCAACGACGGAUGGCGCAGCCCUGCGACUGCCUGGUGGUUCGUGUCACACCCGACCUGGGCGAAAGGAUCGCCCUGAGCGGGGAGAAGGUCCUCAUCGAGGAGAUCUUCCCUGAGACUGGAGACGUUAUGUGUAACUCAGUCAACGCCGGCUGGAACCAGGACCCAACGCACGUCAUCCGUUUCCCCCUCAAUGGCUACUGCAGGCUCAACUCCGUCCAGGUUCUAGAGCGUCUUUUCCAGAAAGGUUUCAGCGUGGCGGCGUCAUGCGGAGGCGGUGUGGACUCGUCCCAGUUCAGUGAGUACGUGUUGUGUCGCGAGGACCGGCGGAGUCUGUCCAUCAACACACCCAUCAGGAUAAAACAGGAACCCCUGGACUAGAGGAUUCUGGGAGAGGGACUGCCAACACCCCACCUCACCCCACCUACCCACCCAAUACUCCUUCCAUCUUCUCACAGCACCGCACCCUGCCUACCCCUGCCCCCGUUCCUGCCCUAACAGGACCACAACCACCCCCAGCAUACCUAAGUAUUAGCAGAGGCUUGUUAACCUCACCAGCCCUGCAGAACUCUAAGGGGAAUGUAGAACCAAACAAAGGGAAAAAAAAGCAUCAGCAACAAAAGUUUUUGAUUACGUUAAAUAACGCCCAAAGAAUCUGGGACUGUGAUGAAAACAGCAACGACUACAAAUGGACUCAACAGCAGCUCACGUAAACCAUUUUAGCACCAUGACUGGUUGAUUUUUCCCUCAUCUUCUUAUAAAAAAGGCGUCCUGUCCCUUUU